AUGGAAAACCCAGAGAGGCCUCCACGGGCCGCUGGGGAUCCAGAAAUCAUGGGACCUGGAUCUGGGGUCGAUUUCUCGACACCCACCCAGGAACCGCAACAGCUGCCUUUAAAUGCCCCUGCACUGUUUGCAGGACUUCAAGACAGCCAGAAUCAGUCCAAAGAACCUACUUUGGAUAAUAGAGAUACUCUACAAGAGCCACGACAGACUGGAGAAACGCAACAGACUCCAAGAACGACCCUCGAGAAAAGGAAGGCUUCUAGGCUGACCAUAGGAUCUCGGACCCCAAUAACUAGAUCUGGAUUGAACGCAGCUCCAAAAAGAAAGAUUACACUUGCCACAAUACGUGCAACAAGUGCUCCCAUAGAGAACAGCCUCGUGAUGAGCCUGAUUGAGGAUCUCAACAGCCAAACGCAAGAGGCUGUCCAACAGCUCUCCGUCGAGCUUACAACCGCAAGAAACGUGAUCAGCAUGCAACAGGGUCUUAUUACCACCCUCAACGCUAGGCUAGAGAGCCUAGAGACUUACGUGAACGCGCUACAAAGCCGUCAAAUCCUACCACUCGACCCCUGUGACACAACGCGUGAGGUUGCGGCGCACGGGCCACCGCCAAGAGCCGCUUCCACGGGAGGUUUAGCGUCCACCCCAAUACAGCUAGAUGCCGCGCCUGAGAGCCGCGCGAUAAACUCAACCGCACCUCAGCCGCAGCCGCGAUAUCAGAAUCCAACAAAGGCUACGAAACAAGCCGUACAGCCACCUGAGGGCCCCAAAAAAGUAUUUGGAACCGCCGCGCAGACCACCAAACAGCCUGAAACUACCGCUAAGCCACUGACCAAGCCCGCACCUACGAAAUGGGCCGCUAUUGCCGCGAAUAAUACCCAAUCUGGAGGAUGGAAAACCGUCCAGUAUAAGAAACAGGCCUCAGCACCCUCUAAGGCUCUAUCGAUAACUGACUGGAAGCCUGUGAGUACCCGGAGCAAGGAGGAAAGACGCCUCAUCUUCAGACGACGAUAUCCUAAAGAUGCUCCGACCGCAUUGAAAGCUGAUGUUCUCUUGGCCCUUAACCGUGCCCUUGCAAAGGCAGGUUUUCCUGACUUUGUAAGAGCAGUCGAUUCUGGAUACGCGGCCUCAGGGGCCUUAACAGUGCUCCUAGAGCGAGGCACUCGCAGCAGCACCCUCGUGCCCGUCUACAACGAUACUCUACUAGCCGCUGUAAGGCAAACAGAUCCAGCAGUUAUUUCCGUGGAGAUUAGCGAACAGUGGCACCGUGUUAAGGUACAGGCAGUGCCUGUGGGCCGCUACAUGUAUAAUGACCAAGGCCUAGCACUAGCCCAAGAAGAGAUUGAGCUGGGAACACCAUAUAGGCUUAAACGAGAGCCAACGUGGCUCAAAAGAGCCAAGACUAUACAGGCUAGCAACCAGAGAUUUGCCACGAUUGUGAUCACAGUAGGUUCUUUGGAGGAAGCUCGAACACUGAUCAAUAAAGGCAUCAAGUUUGGAGGCCGACACCAUCGAGUAGCACCUUAUUGGGAGUCAAAUCCUGAGAGUAUCUGCCCUCGAUGCUGCGGAAUUGGCCACUCUGGCUUCAUGGCUUGUGGUGGCAGGUCUCCUAAAUGCGCGAUCUGCGCAGGUGAUCAUGAGGCAAUAGAGCACUCAUGUACAGUAGUGGAUUGUAGGGUUGGGCCAGCUAAACCUUGCAAACACACAGUGAUCAAGUGCGCUAACUGCAAAGGUGCACACGAGGCUACAUCUCCUAAGUGCCCUAAAGCUAGGGAGGCUCGUCAAAGGGCUAUCCGGAGAAUGAGGGAACAAUCCUUACAAGACCUCAUCCCAUUAGAUGAGACAUUCGCGGUAGUGCCUCCAAAACCGGUACUGACCUUGGAGGAGAGACCUGGACAGUCUCUAGAGGAGGAGACGUCAACUCCAGAAGAAGAUGAAUUGCUGCCUGAGAUGCAAUUAGAGGCUGAUAUUCACGAGGGAAAUAGCCAACAACCACUAGAGCCAGAGCUCAAGUCAGCCACUGAAGCGCCUCAAAGCGCUGUAGUACAUACAGCCCUAGAAGCAGCACUACAGGCUGGUGCCGGGAUAGCCUGUCUCCAGGAACCCCCAGUACGUGGAAAAUACCAGAUAAGCCAUCCUGGCUUCCUGUUCUACUGGCCUGAGGGUCCUCGAGAACAUGCUCGAGUAGUGACAGCGAUUCGGAGAGAUUUAGUGAGAGAAUUAGUGGUGGAGGCGCGUACAGAUCUAGCUAACCAUCCAUAUUUUAUGGUGGUUGACGUGCUAGAACAGGGGAGGCGUACGAGGAUAGUGAACUGCUAUGACAACUGGUUAGGUGCACGUCAUACAUACUCAGGAGAGAGGCAAGCCCAAUUGCUGUGGGGUGCUGAGAUAUGGUGGCAAGGCCAGAAAACAUGGGCACAAAGGAUCCAGAUUCUAAUCAAUAAGCAAGCCAGAGGUAUUACGGGCAUGUUCCCAAAAACCCCAAUCGGAGCCCUAAUCAGAGAGGCAGCGUUAGAGCCAGCGACAGUCUUACUGGACGCUAGAGUAGCUCGAUAUACAGCGAGGCUACUAGCUCUGCCUGACACGCAUCCUACAGCGCAGAUACUUCCAGUCACCCUCAGACAUGGUGACCUUCACGCACAACCUGGAGAGCAACCACUGGACGACCGGGAAUGGGCCUCUAGAGACAACAAGGUGCUAAAUCGACUCGGCCAAAGGCUUGCAAAGCACCUUGCUCAACGGUUGAACAGAGACCCCUCUGGAGGAAUUGAGAGAACUGAACAAUGCGAGCUCCAAGGCUUCCCAGGCUCGAUCCGAGUACUUGACAAGGAAGAGGCCCUAACAGAGGCUAAUCAACAGCGUGCUAGAACAACGUUUUGGUCCGAUGGCUCCAGACUCGAUACAGGACGUGCAGGAGCCGGUGUCACUUUACAGGCUGUACCUGAAGGCCCCUGGGAACACGUAGAAGUGCCAAUGGGCCACGGACACGAGGUCUUUGACGCAGAACUAGUGGGAGUAGCCACAGCCCUUGAAUGGGCACUGGAGAGGCAACCUCUUGGUCCUAUCUGGGUGUUACUUGACGCACAGAAUGCUAUUGAUCGCCUCAGAUCGACAAGGCCAGGCCCUGGGCAAGCCCUUGUUCUUAGGGCUCACAGGGCAGCUGAGAAACUAGCCUUGAGAGGCCAACCAGUCACAAUACAAUGGGUCCCAGGCCACUCAGGGAUUGAAGGGAAUGAGCAGGCUGAUCAAGCUGCUAAACGUGCAGCUAGUAAACAAACCGCGCCUGGUUUUGAGCACCUAUCUCUGGCGCACGUUAGAAGGGCUUGCACGGAAGCAAGGAGAGCUGCAGUAUCUGAAUGGGCCCAAAUAAAUGCUGUACAAGGCAGGCAUAGAGACGGACGUGUCUACAAGAUGCCUCGAGGCUGA